CCCGGGGCCCCGCGGGCUCCCGCGACCGGGGGCCGCGGUGACAGGCCGCGCGGGGGCGGAGGGGCGGGCUCGGCGGCGGCCGCCCCUCCUCGGGCCUGCGGCUCCCUAGGUCCCUGCGGAGCGCCGGCAAUAAAGAAUGCUGAUGGGAGAGCCAUUUUCCUAACUUACAAAUUAUCAAGCUGAUUGCCAUAAUGGUCAACUCUGAUGGUGAAGAAAUUUGAGGGAUCCAUUCCAAAUAUCAGCAGGCCCAUAUCCACAGAUGAAGCUUUAAAGUCUGCACUUUAACUAUGAUCAGCAAGCUUUGAACUCAAUCAUGCAAGAUUUGGCUGUCCUUCAUAAGGCCAGUCGACCAGCAUUAUCCUUACAGGAAACCAGAAAAACAAAAUCUUCAUCACCAAAAAAGCAGAAUGAUGUCCGAGUGAAAUUUGAACAUAGAGGAGAAAAAAGAAUCCUUCAGUUUCCCAGACCAGUUAAACUGGGAGAUCUGAGAUCUAAAGCCAAAAUUGCCUUUGGACAGUCUAUGGAUCUACAUUAUACCAAUAACGAGUUGGUAAUUCCAUUAACUACUCAAGAUGACCUGGACAAAGCUGUAGAACUGCUUGAUCGUAGUAUUCAUAUGAAGAGCCUCAAGAUAUUACUUGUGAUAAAUGGAAGUACACAGGCUACUAAUUUAGAACCAUUGUCAUCACUAGAAGGUUUGGAUAACGCAGGAUUUGAAACAGAGAGGAAAAAGCGGCUUUCCAUAAUAGGUCCCACUAAUAGAGAUAGAAGCUCUCCUCCCCCAGGAUACAUUCCAGAUGAAUUACACCAGGUAGCCCGGAAUGGGUCAUUCACUAGUAUCAACAGUGAAGGAGAAUUUAUUCCAGAGAGCAUGGACCAAAUGCUGGAUCCAUUAUCUUUAAGCAGCCCUGAAAAUUCUGGCUCAGGAAGUUGUCCAUCACUUGAUAGUCCUUUGGAUGGAGAAAGCUAUCCAAAAUCACGAAUGCCCAGGGCACAGAGCUACCCAGAUAAUCAUCAGGAGUUUUCAGACUAUGAUAACCCUAUUUUUGAGAAGUAUGGAAAAGGAGGAACAUAUCCAAGAAGGUAUCAUGUUUCAUAUCAUCAUCAAGAAUAUAAUGAUGGUCGAAAAACUUUUCCAAGAGCUAGAAGAACCCAGGGGACCAGCUUCAGAUCUCCUGUGAGUUUCAGUCCUACUGAUCACUCCUUAAGUACUAGUAGUGGAAGCAGCAUCUUUACCCCAGAGUAUGAUGAUAGUCGAAUAAGAAGAAGGGGAAGUGAUAUAGACAAUCCUACUUUGACUGUAAUGGACAUCAGCCCACCCAGCCGUUCACCUCGAGCACCUACCAACUGGAGAUUGGGCAAACUGCUUGGCCAAGGAGCCUUUGGCAGGGUCUACCUCUGUUAUGAUGUUGAUACAGGAAGAGAAUUGGCUGUUAAGCAAGUUCAAUUUGACCCUGAUAGCCCUGAGACCAGCAAGGAAGUAAAUGCACUUGAGUGUGAAAUUCAGUUGUUGAAAAACUUGCUGCAUGAGCGAAUUGUUCAGUAUUAUGGCUGUUUGAGGGAUCCCCAGGAAAAAACACUUUCCAUAUUUAUGGAAUAUAUGCCAGGGGGCUCAAUUAAGGACCAAUUAAAAGCAUAUGGAGCUCUUACUGAGAAUGUGACUAGGAAAUACACCCGUCAGAUUCUAGAGGGUGUCCAUUAUUUGCACAGUAAUAUGAUUGUCCAUAGAGAUAUCAAAGGCGCAAAUAUACUGCGAGAUUCAACAGGCAAUGUCAAACUAGGUGAUUUUGGGGCCAGCAAACGGCUUCAGACCAUCUGUCUCUCUGGAACAGGAAUGAAGUCUGUCACAGGUACACCAUACUGGAUGAGCCCUGAAGUCAUCAGUGGAGAAGGCUAUGGCAGAAAAGCAGAUAUCUGGAGUGUAGCAUGUACUGUGGUAGAAAUGCUGACUGAAAAACCUCCUUGGGCUGAAUUUGAAGCAAUGGCUGCCAUCUUUAAGAUUGCCACUCAGCCAACAAACCCAAAGCUGCCACCUCAUGUUUCAGACUAUACCCGAGACUUCCUCAAACGGAUUUUUGUAGAGGCCAAACUGAGACCUUCAGCUGAUGAACUCUUAAGGCACAUGUUUGUGCAUUAUCACUAGCAGCUGGUAACCUCUCCUGUGCCUCCACCCAGCUCCCAUCUGAUCGUUCACCUUCUCUCUGACUGCACUUUUCUUUUUUUAUAAAAAAAGAGAGAUGGGGGAGAAAAAAGACAAGAGGGAAAGUAUUUCUCUUGAUUCUUGGUUUAAUUUGUUUAAUAAUAAUAAUAGUAAACUAAAUUUUUUAUAUUUAGUCUUUUUUCCCUUACAAGAACUUGAAACAACUACUUUUUUUUUUAAAAUAAUGUACUGAUGUGGUUCAGAGAGAUAAAGCACUUUAGUACAUAGUAAGUCUUUUUAGUACAAACAAAUCAUUUGGAAUACUGAAAGAUUGUAGAGUCUUUCCCUGUAUCGCUGACAUAUUGAUAGUGUUGGGGAGACGUGAAAGACAAGGAGGAAAUGAUGUACAAUUUGUAGUUUUUAGUGAUAGUAUUUAAAGUAGUUCCUCAUUUGUGGGGUUGAGCCCUAAACUUGAGUUUAGGGUAGGUACUCAAAGAAUAUAGAUUUUUUCUUAUAUCUGUAUUCUUUAGAUCAUAACCUCUGUCUACCAAGCUUUUUGCUCAGUAGGAAUCUUGAUAGAAGAUAUGAAUAUCUAAGAGGUAUGUUUAUUUGUAAUUCUAACCAGUAUAGUAAGCAAAUACACUAUAAUAGAUCCAUGUUACUGGAAUCUGUAAACCUUGAGGGAUAGUGUUCUGCUUUAAAAAAAAAUACUGUUUUGUUUUAAAGCAGAUAUGGGAAGUCAAUGAGUAAAGCUAACUAAGAGACAAAAAGAGAUUGCUCUCAUUAAAUGUGUAAGCAAAGAAGAGACCACAUUUGCUAGUAAGCAGAAAUAAUUAAAAAAUUAAUUGAGUGUUAUUUAGCAUAUUUUAAACUAUGUGCUUUAUUUGAGGGGGGAAGUCCCAAAAUUAAGGAAAUUGAGAAAAAAUUAAAAUCAUAUAUUCUGUCUUCCUAUUUCUAGCUCCUGAUUUCCCAUAGCUAACAGUCUUUAGAAACUAAGGGUGAAGCCUGGAGUAUUCAUGUGUAAAGCUAAUGUAAUGAGAAGAAAUUCUUUUCUUGGGAUCACAGAAUACUGAAGCACCUCAGAAAAUAAGACGCCACGUAAAAUAGUGAGAUUGUCAUUAGUGGCACAGGGACAUUUCACUUGGGUUUAGCAAUGCCUGGAGACGUUUUGUUUGUCACAAAUGGGAAGAUACUUCUGGCAUCUAGUGGGUGGAGGCCAGUUCCCCCCAAAAGAAUUAUCCUGCCCCAAAUGUCAAAAAUACUGAAAUUAAGAAACCCCAAAGGAAAGGCCAGUCCCAACCAUAAACUGAAAACAGCCAUUUACAAAGUAGUAAUUACAAAAAAAAAAAAAAAAAAAAGCAAAUUUUAAAGAAAAGGUUUUAAUGUAUUGCAAAAUUAGGGUUUUAUAAGAGCAGAUACCACUGCCUUAAGCCCAGGGUGAAUGAUCUCAGCAAGUAGCAAUCACUUCUUUACCAGCAGACUCUUACAUCCAAAUCAGUAAUCUUCCAUUUUAGAAACAAUGUGUUUUGAUUAGAAGAUAUGAAUAUCUAAGAGGUAUGUGCAUUGUCACUAGCAUCAGUGAGCUCAGCAUCAGUGUGUAUUCUUUACUUAAAAGUCACUUCAUAAUCAUGGGCAGAGAAAAGCAUAUCAAACAAAAUGUUUACUGUAAACAGGAAGGUUAAAAUGCUGUAAGGCAUUUCUAGAAUAGGGUAUCCACUAAGAGAAGGAGCAUAAAAUGAAAAGAGACAGCUGGGAAAGAUUCCACCAUCUCUAAUGGAAUUAUGCUAAUUAAAAAGAUGAGGAUGUCAAUAAUUUGGCUACUUGUAAUUUUUUUCAGCCUAUCAAAGCAAGUGUGAAGUACUUUAUUUUUAAAGAUCUAGAAAAUAAUAGUCUUCCAGGAGGCCCUAAAUGUGAUGCCUUUCAUAGAAUUCUUAAGGGACUAAGGUAUUCUUAUUUUCUGCCACAAAGUACGCUCAUUUAGGGACUCAAAAGUACUUUGUUUCAAAAUUGGAUAGGUCUUGGUUUACCAUAUCAAGGUCUCACCUGGCAUUUCCUGUAGAAAGGAAUAUUUGAAAUUCCAUCUGCUAGUUGUUGACGCUUCUCCCAUACUCUGAAAAAUCAAAGGAAGCAGCUUGCAAAGAACAAAAAUCAGGUCCCUCCUGCUUUGAUGAAUCCACUACCUAAUCUUUGAGCUAGAAACAUAAUCCCCAAGUAUGUGGAUCUAUUAUAAUCUCUUAACUUUUAUGAAUGAGGGUAUUUUUUCUACUUGAGCAAGAUCAUGCUAUCUGGACCAGUGGACUUUUCUUUGUUUCUUUGUCUCCUGUGAUUUUGCUUUGGCUCAUUUUUGGUCUGUCAGGGUAACCAGCAGUACAGAAUAUGAGGCAAAUACUCUCAAGAAAGAAAUCUGGGGAGAUUAUGGAAUGCAAAGCAAAAUUGUUUGCUUUUUUCAGUCUCCAUUUUCUUUUUUAAAUGCUAUAGAAAAUGAAGGCACCGAAAAGAAACUACUACAUUAACACUGCUGCAGAAGACCAUUGCUUUAUAUUUUAAAAGAGAAAAAAUUAUCAGCUAUGGGACAGUACUAUUCUUUUAUGUAAAGACUUAAAAAUAGACUAAUAGUUUACAGAGUUAUUAUAUAGAAUAUGAUGUGAAUUUACUCCAAACAAGUUGUGAAGGUACCAAAAACCAAAUAAACGCUAAUAUAUAUAAAAACUACUAGAACAAAAAAAGCUUGACAUGGGGGUGGGGGCAUGGAAGACCAAGGUAAAUUUUAAAAAAAAAUUGGAAGGAAACACAUUUAUCAGGGGAAAUUAAAUAUUACACUCUGUUUUUUCUUCUUUCUAAUGUUGGUAUGGGUCAACAAAUGAAAUUUGAACUUUUUAAGAUGACUAUAAAUGUAUUUUGUUUUUUAAAUGCACAACUGAUUCUUCUAGUUUUUCUUUGCUGAGGCUGUAAAAUGGCCAGACUGCUGACUUUGUGCCUUUAAAAUGCAUUCUGCUUUGACAGUGGCAGACUUUUUGGUGCUGGAGAAGAUUUACUAGCAGUCUUAUAUGUGCUUUUCAGGAAAUACCUUUAUACUGAGGCCUUGAGAGAUUCAAAGUGGCAUGACUUAGGCUUGGACCAAAUAUAAGAUCAUUUACAUUGUGAAGUAUAUUGAAUUUAAAGAGUUGAAAAAUAACAUAAUGACUAGUGGAAAUUUUGAUGGAUUGCUAAUUCUUUAAAAUGUAUUUAAAGAUACACAGACUGAAAAUUUCAGAAUGAGUGUCUUGAAAAAUCCUAGCACUUUUCCUUGUUUACAAAGCAUUUUUUUACUUUAAAAAUGACUAAGACUAUACUGCCUUAAAGUUUUAAAAGGCACACCCUUAAUAUAUGUAAGAAAUUGAGUAUGCACAUACUGAACUACAAAAGGAAAUUCGAACUUUGAUUUCAGAAUAAAUCGAAUUGGCUUUUAUUUAAGGGUCUUUACUCUGUUCCCAAUAGGAAUUACAUGAAAAGAAUGAAAAUAUUUCUUUAAAGCUUUUUGCUACAACAGCUCUGAAAUAGGUUAGGUCUGAUCUGUGGUUUAUCUGAGAUGGCGUGGUUUAUAAGGUAUAUGAAAUCACUAAGGAAAUAAAAUUAAACCUGUGUGGUUUAUCAAGGUGACCAAGCUACCUGCAAACUCCUUGGCCCAUGGCAGAAUUCUCUGCCAACAAUAUUAUUUGGGGGUCUAGGAGCCAAUAGUUUUAUAUAAAACCACAUGAUGUCAAUCAAAUAUAUAAAUCUAUCCAUUUUCUUUAAAAUAGGGUGAAUUUCUUUUUUCAUUUAUUUAUUUAGUAACUGUGACUUACUUUGUCAGGCACUGAAUUACAUCCUAGGUCACAGUCUAGCAAGAACAUGGACAACAGAUAGUUAAUCUACUUCAUGCCAUACCUUAACUCUUGAAAGUUCAGCAGUGAUGUUUUAAAAUGUUAUGUUUCUUUCUUUCUUUCUUUUUUUUUUUUUUUUAAUGAAGGUAAGGGGAAAGCAAUUUGGGCUAAUCUUAUUUGGCAGUUAUAAACUAAAAUGUUUAUAAAAUGUCAUUAAGGAGGAAUUAGAGUAAAAGUGUCCCCAAAUUGGAGUCCUCCCCUCUAGGCCAGACAACCUCUUUCUCAGGACCCUCUGUUACUACAAAACACAACCUUUACUCAAAUUGUUCCAGGGAGGGGAAACAUUUAUUCCAAAACACGAUGUUUUUUCACCCAGCAGUUUCUUUGAAAGAAAAAAAAAUAUUUUCUUUUUGUCUAAAUUGUGAAAAUACCGAAAACAUUUGAUAUAAAAUUAACUCUGUCAACAUUGUUAUUUAUGCUUGACAAUUUCUCCAGACCAUAUUAUUUUAUCUUUAAGCUUAGCAUUUAUUUUUAUUAUAAUGUGCAUAUUUAUUUGAAUUUUUAAAUUGGUUAACAGUUAAUGUAAAGCAGUUGUUAAUUUUUAGUAGUGCCUUUUUCUCUGUAUGCCUUAAUUUUAUUUUAUUUUACUAAUUCAAGUUACCCACCAAAAUGAAGAUGUUUUUCCAAAAUCAAUAGGCUUCAUGAAUUCAUUUGGCCUUAAACUGUUUAUUGGCCCUUAAAUGUUUCUUAAUGCCUGCUUCCUCCUCCUAUCUUUUUCUACCUCUUUUUUUUUAAUGUUAGGAGAGAAGAAACAUUAGCAUUUGUGAUAGACACAUUGCAGUCUCCACUAGACAUGAAUUCCUAAAAUAAACAUAGUAAGAUGGAUUCUCAUUCUAAAGAAAGAUAACAAAUUGUUUUCUGAGUUGACUACUUGAUUUUUAAUCACAUUGACAUCGUCCAAGUUCUUUAUACUAUGAUUUAGUUGUGAUUUUUCAUAGCUGAGCUAGAGUGGUUGUUUUUUGCCCUAAAGAGAUCGUUUAAAUAGUUUUAAAAUGUUGAGGCAAUGAGACUUAGGGCAUUGAGCAGGAAAUACAGGGGUAGUGAAUUCUAAUCCUUAGUUUUAAACUAACAUUUUUACUAAUAUUCUAGCUUUUCUGUGAAGAGAGAAUUGAGAGUGCAUGUGUGUGCACGCGGGCGCGGGCGUGGGCGUGCAUGUGGUUGGAAUUGGAGCAAGGGUGGGAAGGAAGCAAAGAUAUGAAUUCUCGAUUAGAUCAGUCUUUAUUCUUGGAAGAACAACUCAAAAAAUGUUAAGACCUACUGAUGAUGGAUGACAGUAAUCAUCCUCAAGUAGGAACGCCAGUACAUUUUUCAUAAGUAGCUAGUAUAAGUGAUUUUUAAUAAAGGUAUUUAUUGUAAAUUGCCAAACUUUUAGUUGCUAAAAAUAGACUAAAAUUCAAUUUGUGUGUGUGUAUGUGUGUGUGUGUAAAAAUGAGCUUAUGUGUACUUCUUAAAUAGAAAGUAAUUGAUCUUAACAUAGUUCUUCAUGAAUUCUUUUGGAUAGAAUUUCUGCCAGACAUUAUCUAAACCAGCUUCCUUAGCUUACCAAGUAUUCAAAAGGAAAUUCUCUUAUACCUCUUAUUGGUUGGCUAGGGAAGGCAUGCUGUGAAUCCACUGUUCCUCCUUCAUCGUCAUCUUUUAACUUUGCUUUGACUUCUGCCAUGGUCUGAGCAACAUGCCCUAAUAGGUAUGGGAAGGAUCAGGGCCAUCCAUCUUUCUCCAUCCUCUCCUUUCAGAGCUGUAGAGCGCUCUCAGGAGCUUAGAGAUUUUUUUUUUUUUCUCAGUGGAAGUGACAGUAGUCAAGACAGAGUUUCAGGAAGGUGAGGGAGGAGUCAUAGUAAAUGAAAGUAAAUUGUGUCUGUUUUCGUACACAGUCUCUUACAUAAUUCUUUGGGUUUUUUCAUAAUUGUGCGUUUUAAUUGACAGUCAUAUUGUUGUUAAUAACAACAAAGGCAUUAAAUCAUGAAUACUAUUAUUCCCUCUGCCUGAUGACUUCGUAUUUGCAUCACAAUCUGUAUUUUUAGAAUUACUUUAAACCAAAGCUUUUAUAUUCCCUGCACACAUAGCCAAAAUGAUUCACACUGUUAUAUCUGCCCACUGUAAGCUACUAGAAUAAAAAUAAUAAAGCAGGUACUAGUAUAAUUUGUAUACUGGUCUAUCAUUCAAGGAAAAGGACAGGUGCUCAGUGUUUGCAUUUAGAGGUACAGAAUUUAUUUCAACUAUUAAGGAGUUAAGUAGACAUUACAAAAUGAAGCUUGUACACGUGCCAAUCUUACUAAUGUCACUUGAGCACAGAUGCAUGCAGAUACAUAUUGACGUCCAGUGCCUCAGGGUGGUGGCGUAUCUUCUUCUAGUGUCUUAACAUUUAUGAGCUUGUAUUUGACUUGCGGGGCAUUUCAGCAAAGCUGUGAAGAAAAAUAGGUUAUGACUGAUGUCUGCUUUGUGCCAUAGACAUUUUGGAACAUAAGGAGAUGUCUACUUUUUAGUAUAUGUGCAGAAUUUGUCCCCAAAUAAUCUAAGUCUCUUAAUGCCAGUUGAGAAAAGUUUAUGACUAUCCUGAAAAGCACUUUUGUGUUCACUUAUUUAUAUAUUUUUAAAACUUCUUUUUAAAAAUCAUGUAAUUAUAAUUUUAGCAUUAGCAUUACUUAAAGGGGAGAGAUAAGUAAUGCAAUUAUAUCUUAAACUCUGUUAGAUGCUUAGACUCCAGAAUGAAUUUGACAUGUUCUCAUUUUUCCAAAGAAAUUUUUUUUCCACCUGGUAUAAGGAGAAGACUAGUGAAAACAUUUGAGCUGAAAGACUUAUGGGCAAAAGAAAAGGGGGCCAAACCCUUAAAACACUCUUUUCAAUUAAAAGUAUAGUAUAUAGGGAUAAGAAUACUUCUUUAAACACAAGCUAUUGUUUUAAUACAAUCUUAUUUAGCAAAAGGUUUACAUUUUUUCUAUCACUGUUGGUUUUUAAAUUUGCUACCCUGCAUCCUGAAAUAUUAUAAAAAAGUUAAUACCAAAAAUACUUUUAAUGUCUGACAUCUCUUACAUUUCACAUGAUUCUUUUUAUUCAUUGUAAAUAAAAGCAAACUUGGAUAAAUUUAAAAAUAAACUUUUAAUUGUUGCAAACUAUGAUUAUCAAUUUGUAAAUUAACCCUUUGACUUAAUGUACAUUUUUAAAAGUAGCCAUUAAAUCUCUAUAUUUAACAUUGGUUUCUCUCAGUAAAUGUUUUUAAUCUCAUUUGAAUGCUGGGCAGUUUAUAAUUAUAUACAGAGGUUUUUUGUUUCCUAUUAAGGUUGACUUUUUGCACAUUUUUGGAAAUGUUUCAUUUGUACACUGAUUUACUACUCUGACCAAUAAUUGUUGAGUGUAUGAGCGUCAUGAAUGGGUGCAUUAAACUACUGUCUGUGUCUGUUUCAACUUCUCUCAAGAUGUAGCCAUCAGUUACUGCACUGCUAUGUCUGACUUACUUCUAAAACUUAUCUAUGGUUCUAUCUUUGUCUUAAGAACUCAGGAGUUCCAGUUUACCUUCUAAUUUUAUAACUGUAUUCUAAAAUCCAUUACUAAGUUGUAAGUAUGCUUUGUAACUCUGUAUCGGGGAUGUGUGUAUGUGUGGAAAUGUCUUUUUCUGUUUGUAGGCACAUGUAUAUAUAUCCCAGUAAAUUCUUAUUUUCAUUUCAUUUCUACAUUUUUAUGAACUUGUUUUAUAAGGGUACUAUUUAGUUAGGAUAAUUAAAUAUAUAUAAAAGCUUUCUGAGAGAUUUAUUUACUAUAUGAAUAUAUUUUCAGCUGGCUGAUCAAAAUAUUUUUUUAAUUUUGUUUUUAACCAUUUAAGAUGUAUUUGUAUUUCCAGAAUUGGAGACAAGUUGUACUUAGAGCUCAAUUAAAAUUAAGAGAAAGACAGGCUUUAAGCAGUAGCAAAACACACUGUCCACUAACAUGGCCUUUGAAUUCUCAAAGCUAUGAAAAAAAAAUGUGAGAAAUGAAAUUGUUUUGAAAAGAUGUCAAGAUUUUUAUAUCUCCAGUUGCUGUGGGCCUGUCCUACUGUUGUUUUUUAAAUAUUUUCUUUGUUAUACCCCUAAAAGAUUACAACCUUUUAGUUUUUCUCCUAACGGGCAAGGUCAGACUGGUUUUAUAAAACAAUACAAUGGAAUAUUGUGAUUCUCUGUGACUGAUUAAAAAUUGGUUUAGAAAUGUCCAAACAUAUAUUAUUGUGUCUUUAUACUGUACUGUGUUUUAAGUAACUGGCAGAAAAAGAAUUGGAAAUUAGGUUUCCGGUCUGACAAUGUUACUGUAUUUGAAGAAAAUCUUGUUUUAAUAUGCAGUACCAUGUAAAAUUACUAGUGUUAGGAAUAAAGUCCAAUGUUGAGGUUGAAUGUCACUAAGAAUACUAUGUUAAAAGGAACCGGUGUGAUUAGAACCUACCAGAAGCCAGGUUAUAGUGUGGUAUGUGCCACAUUUCAUGCACAUUUUGAGUUUAUGUUCAUUCAAAAUUGUGCUUGUAAAAAUGUAUAAAAUUUUUGAGUUUUAUAAUUUCUAUGUUCUUAUUUUUUUCUUGCUGGUAAAUAGCUUUUUUUAAAAUCUAAUAUAAAAGAAACCAUGUUUAUAUUUUGUUAGUUAUCAAUGACUUUGUUUAUAUGAAAAUUUGUAUAUUGUUGGCACACAUCUUUGUUUAGAUAUAUCAUGCAUGAAGGCUUGCAAUUAUUAGCACAAUGAAAAUUGCUUUUUCUUACAUAUUAUUUCUUUUUUUUUUUUUUUUUUGGAAAGAUUGUGGUGCAAAGGCUUACUCUAAGUAGCCUUCUGGACUAUGGAAUGAAUAUAAAUGAAUGGCACUUUGAGUGUUAAUAAAGCUGAUAUUUAUUUCCACUGUGA